UUUAAAUUUUAACGUUGAUAACAGAUUAUUAUGACUUAACGUUACAGUAUCUUUUAUCGACCAACGAUGAAAAUAUACACAACGAGAGGAACUUGUCUUGUUUCAACACGGACCUUAUUCCCCGGCGCACCCCACAAGGAAUCCACGCUACUAUUCAAAUAAAUGACAGAAUUAUUAUGAAUUUGAAAGAAAUUCUAUUGUGGCGAUUUGUUGAAAUGUAAAUUCUACGUUUUCCAUCAUUGUUCUUCUUGUUUUUGAUGACCGUAGUCUUAGUGCGUUUCAACACAUACGUUUAUUUAUUUAUCGUACAUCUUUGUAGAUGAAAAAAAACACGAUAAGUAACGACGAAUACGACUCGUAAUGACAUAUUUGCAUGACAUAAGUUGUAUUUGAACUGCGUAAAUAUACGCGCAGGCUGCACGUCGUAAACCUCUUUGUGAAUCUCUUCUCGACGUCGUUGCCAGGAGGCGAGUGAGACGCCGUGGAUCGAAAGGUCACGGUUCUCGUGUUCGUGGGUUAUUUCAGCGUCCUAUCAUCAUGAACUCCGACCAAACUUGCAGAGGUUUCACCUGGAAUACCGGCAGAUAAGAGGAGGAAACCUUUUCGACACAGUUUUGUCUGGCGUAAGGUCGUGGAUGAAGCACCUGCAAGUGCAUAUAGAGGUGUUUUUAUUAACCUGACUGGUGCACCAGCGCUGACUGCCCCAUGGAGAAGUAUGAGAAGCUGGCCAAAAUUGGCGAGGGUUCCUACGGCGUGGUGUUCAAGUGCAGGAACAGAGACACGGGUCAGAUUGUGGCCAUCAAGAAGUUUGUGGAAUCUGAAGACGACCCGGUCAUCAAGAAGAUUGCCCUGCGUGAGAUACGCAUGCUGAAGCUGAAACAUGUGAACCUGGUGAACCUGCUGGAGGUCUUCAGGAGGAAGCGCCGCCUCCACCUGGUCUUCGAGUUCUGCGAGCAGACCGUCCUGAACGAGCUGGACAAGCACCCUCGAGGGGUUCCUGAAGCUCAGCUGAAGAGUAUAGUGUGGCAGACGCUGCAGGCCGUCAACUUCUGCCACAAGCACAAUUGCAUCCACCGUGAUGUGAAGCCCGAGAACAUCCUCCUCAACAAGACCGGAGUCAUCAAGCUCUGCGACUUCGGCUUCGCCCGCAUCCUCACGGGACCAGAGGACGACUACACUGACUACGUGGCGACCCGCUGGUACAGAGCCCCCGAGCUUCUGGUGGGCGACACGCAGUACGGCCCUCCAGUGGACGUUUGGGCACUGGGCUGUGUCUUCGCGGAGCUGCUGAACGGAAGCCCCCUCUGGCCCGGGAAGUCGGAUGUUGACCAGCUGUAUCUCAUUCGGAAAACCUUAGGAGACCUGAUCCCUCGUCACCAGCAGGUUUUCCGAUCCAACGUCUUCUUCAGUGGCGUCAGCAUUCCGGAGCCAGAUGCCACGGAGCCGCUGGAGAAGCGCUUCUACUGCGCCUCGCCUCACACCCUGCAGGUGAUGAAGUCCUGUCUGGUGAUGGAUCCUUCCAUGCGACUCUCCUGCGAGGAGCUGCUGGAGCUGCCGUACUUCCAGGAGGAGUCGGGGAGUAGCUGGGGCCGUGACGGGGACCGUGCUGGGCGGAGACACGAGCGAGGGUCCAGACGCCGACACACGGGGGCUCAGUACCUCCCCCAGCUGCCGCACAGCAACAUCUCACCAGCUCCAGACGUGAAGAAGCAGGUGAAGCACAAGUAUCACCUGCCCAACAUCUGACCAUCUGUCAUGUGGCCCAAAAACUAGUCCUGUCAUCUCUGCAAGUGGAUGUAAAUACAUCUAAUAUAACGCUAACAGUGCAGAGGCUCGGACGGACAUGUCACCACCACAGAGCAGCUGAGACUGACGGUCCAGAGACUCGCAGCUAAGUUGCUGCGAGAGCUUCACUCUGCACCGGAGAACCAGAGACUUACGACAACUGCAGUGAGUCUACACUGCCAAGCAAGGUAAAAAUAAAAAAGAAUCGAGACAAUAUUCUCAGAUGAGUAAUGAUACUAAACAGUGUUGCUAUUUACACUUGUCACUUGAAUUCAGCUGCAAAUUAACUCCUAAUAUAGUUCUGUUUUCACACACCAUCUCAUCUGAAGUGUUUAAAUCAUUCUGAUGAAUAACAAUAUUAAAUUCAAAAUCUAUUAUUAAUGUUAUCUAAUACUAGCAUGAAUGUUUUUUUAAACACGUUGGCAUGAGGGAAGUACUAUAAUUGGAAAUAAACUAAAUUUAUAGUAGAUAAAUGAGGAAAUGGGAUAAAAGUGGAAAGGUUCAUUUAUGUUAUUAUGUUAUUCAUGUUCAUAGCAUUAAUAUUUUCAGUUAUUUCUGAAUUGUGACACUACCAUCAGUCUGAAACGGUUUCCCUCUGGAUGCAGCACUAUUCAUUCUCCUGCCAUGACAGUGAAAAACAAAACAAAACAUUUUUCAUUGAUCCAGCGUCCACAUCAUCCUCGGUCUUUUCAGAAAUGAAUUGUAAUGAUUAUGAACACUAUUUUGUCAUCAUAGUUAUUACUUAAAAACGCUUAAAUGUCUCUAAUUUUUCACUUUUCUUCUUGUGAAUAUGCGUUGGUUAUUUGUUUACAUUCAUGUUGUACUCCUUGUCACUGCAAGAACGACCUCCCGGGGGAGCGACGAAACACCUUCAAAUGUAGUUGUUUUAACCACUUGGAUGAUCGUAAAUAAAAAAAAAAGUUCCAAUUACAGAGGGUCAGAUGUUGAGGUCACUUUAGGAGAGUGGGUUUUGUUGGAAUCCCCUGACAGCUGAUCCUGCUCGGUGUCUUGGCAACACUGGCGAUGGAUCGAUAACUCACUGAAACCAACAGUUUGACUGAUCACUUGACCACAGACUCCUCAUGUUACAGACUCGACAUCGAGGCGAUGCUUCCUGACACCCACCCCACACACACACACAUUUUGUAUGUUAUGAUACAACACCCCCCAAAAUAAAAAUUAAAUCAAUAAAUUUCAACCUCCUUUAAGAUACUACAUGUCUGAUGUGAUAAUUCAUCCUUCGGGAGCAAACAAUGCACUUUUGUUUCUGUUUAUUUUUUUCGCUUUUAUUUCCAAAUUCUAGCCCUUUACUUU